GGGCGCUGGGCCCUCGACUCUGGCACCGUGUACCCCUCAGUGGGUUUGUCCUUGGCUAGGGACAGCAUCGGCCGAGUGUACUUGUGGUAUGACAUGUGCAAAGAUUCUGCCUGCUUUUUGACUAUGAAGGAGACAGACCUGGAGGCUGUUGCAACAGCAGUCCAAAGGGUUGCUGGGAUGCUUCAGCGCCCAGACCAGCUGGACAAAGUCGAGCAGUAUCGAAGAAGGGAGGCUCGGAAGAAGGCCUCUGUGGAGGCCAGGCUCAAGGCUGCAAUCCAGUCUCAACUAGAUGGGGUACGCACAGGCCUAAGCCAGCUCCACAAUGCAUUGAAUGAUGUCAAGGAUAUCCAGCAGUCACUGGCUGAUGUCAGCAAGGACUGGAGGCAGAGCAUCAACACCAUUGAGAGUCUCAAAGAUGUAAAAGAUGCAGUGGUUCAGCACAGCCAGCUGGCUGCAGCUGUGGAGAACCUCAAGAACAUAUUCUCUGUGCCUGAGAUUGUGAGGGAGACCCAAGAUCUCAUCGAGCAAGGAGCCCUCCUGCAAGCCCACCGGAAGCUAAUGGAUCUGGAGUGCUCACGGGAUGGGCUAAUGUGUGAGCAGUACCGCAUGGACAGUGGGAACAAACGGGAUAUGACCCUCAUUCAUGGCUACUUUGGUAGCACACAGGGACUCUCUGAUGAGCUGGCUAAGCAGCUGUGGAUGGUGCUGCAAAGAUCACUGGUCACUGUCCGCCGGGAUCCUACCUUGCUGGUUUCUGUGGUCAGAAUCAUUGAAAGGGAAGAAAAAAUUGACAGGCGGAUACUUGAUCGAAAAAAGCAAACUGGGUUUGUUCCUCCUGGAAGGCCCAAAAACUGGAAGGAAAAAAUGUUUGCUAUCUUGGACAGAACUGUAACAACUAGAAUCGAAGGUACACAGGCAGACACCAGAGAAUCUGACAAGAUGUGGCUUGUGCGCCACCUGGAGAUCAUUAGGAAGUAUGUCCUGGAUGAUCUCAUCAUUGCCAAGAACCUCAUGGUCCAGUGCUUCCCUCCUCACUAUGAGAUCUUUAAGAACCUCCUGAGCAUGUACCACCAGGCCUUGAGUACUCGGAUGCAGGACCUUGCGUCGGAGGACCUUGAGGCCAAUGAGAUUGUGAGCCUCUUGACAUGGGUCCUAAAUACCUACACCAGUACAGAGAUGAUGGGGAAUGUGGAGCUAGCCCCAGAAGUGGACGUUAGUGCCCUGGACCCUCUCCUCUCUCCAAAUGUGGUCUCUGAGCUGCUUGACACAUACAUGUCAACCCUCACGUCCAACAUCAUUGCCUGGCUUCGGAAAGCACUGGAAACAGACAAGAAAGACUGGAGCAAAGAAACAGAGCCAGAAGCAGACCAGGAUGGCUACUAUCAGACUACACUUCCUGCUAUUGUAUUCCAGAUGUUUGAACAGAAUCUUCAAGUUGCUGCUCAAAUAAGUGAAGAUUUGAAAACAAAGGUAUUGGUUUUGUGUCUUCAGCAAAUGAAUUCUUUCCUAAGUAGAUACAAAGAUGAAGCCCAGCUUUACAAAGAAGAGCACUUGAGAAACCGGCAACACCCACACUGUUAUGUGCAGUACAUGAUUGCCAUCAUCAAUAACUGCCAGACCUUCAAAGAAUCCAUCAUCAGUCUGAAAAGGAAGUACCUAAAAACUGAAACAGAGGAGGGCCUGUGUUUGAGUCAGCCGAACAUGGAUGGGAUUCUAGAUGCCAUUGCUAAGGAAGGCUGCAGCAGUCUGCUAGAAGAGGUCUUCCUGGAUCUAGAGCAACAUCUGAAUGAGCUGAUGACAAAGAAGUGGCUGUUAGGGUCAAAUGCUGUGGACAUUAUCUGUGUCACCGUAGAAGACUACUUCAAUGACUUUGCCAAAAUUAAAAAGCCAUAUAAAAAGAGGAUGACAGCUGAGGCACACAGGCGUGUGGUGGUGGAAUACCUGCGGGCUGUCAUGCAGAAGCGUAUUUCCUUUCGGAGUGCUGAAGAGCGCAAGGAGGGUGCUGAGAAGAUGGUCAGAGAGGCUGAACAGCUCCGCUUUCUAUUCCGGAAGCUGGCAUCUGGAUUUGGUGAGGAUGCAGAUGGACACUGUGAUACAAUUGUUGCAGUGGCAGAGGUCAUUAAGCUCACAGACCCUUCUCUGCUCUACCUAGAAGUCUCAACUUUGGUCAGCAAAUAUCCAGACAUCAGAGAUGAUCACAUUGGUGCACUGCUGGCAUUGCGAGGAGAUGCCAGCCGGGACAUGAAACAGACCAUCAUGGAAACGCUGGAGCAGGGCCCCAUGCAAACAAGCGCCAACUAUGUACCCAUCUUCAAGGAGAUUGUUGUGCCCAGUCUGAACGUGGCAAAGCUCCUUAAGUAGCCCUGUCCUCCCUGCUCCCCUGUGUGUCUUUACUGUGUGGCUUUCCUGUUGUCACUGUAUUAAAACAAAAGUCCGUCUCUAGGUGCACCGUAUGACGUCAGUUACAUGUUCCUCUCUGCUGUGGCAUCACGCUGUUCUCUACUAUGAGAAAAAAAGUUGUGUAGUGGGCAUCACUCUUUCUUCCCUGCUGAAGUCUUGUUCUGCUUAAUUAACACUUUGAACCUCUGCCACUUAAUUAAAGGAAAAGAAAGCCAGGAAGCUUUCCAUUCCCAGUUAUAGGUUGUUCUGACUGGUUUUGAUAUGGCCAUGUCCAGAGGCAACAGGAGGUCAUCAGAUCUCUGCUGACCUGUGAGUAGUCCUGAGCAGUCUGGGGCCAGGAUCUGCCCUGGCCUUUCUGUCAUUCUGAUGUCCACAGCUUUCUUGUACAUAAACAGCUGUCCUCUUGUUCCAGAGCUUCAGGGACUACCUUAAAUUAAACAUGGUUGAAGGGCCUGUCCUAUUGCCUAGGCCUUGUUCCACAUGGCCUCCCUUGAAUGUGUAGACUAAUGAAAUAUUUUCUUUCUACUCUUGAUGACAGUGUUAACAUUCUGAUUUUAUUUCAUUCUUACAAAGUAUUUUAAAAAAUCACAAAUAACCCCUUCUCUGGAACUAAGUAAAAAUUCCUCUGGGAUUCAGAAGAAACAUGAAUUUCCUAGAGUGCCUGGCUGGUAUUGUUUUGAUCCAGGCCCUGCUCAACAAUUCACUCAAUGUGAAUGACAACUGGGCAAUGCUUUUGAAAUGUGCACUGAGAAAUAUUGACAAAUUACAAUGACUCUUGUGGUGACAAAAGAUGCUUGUGUCUCCACUGAAGUUUCUCACUGUAGGCUGCUGCUGGGCAUGUAGGGUAGACAUUAAAAUGACCACUGAAUGCCCACAUGGUUAAGCCCAUUUGGCUCUCGAGCCUUAGAGGUCAGCAGAGGACAGGACAUAUCAUAUUUGUGAACAGUGGGUAGUAGAAUUGUGGAGACAGGGUAGAAAUUGUUAGAAGUCAAAGGGUAGUACUAGGCUAUGUACUAGUGGGUAGGCAGUGUCCAGUGUGAUACAGGGAAAGCUGUGGCCAAGAAUCUUUUUAGAGGACACCUAUAUACAGGAUUGGAUAGGCUAUUCUAAUGAGUGUGUUGUGGCUACAUAUACCAAAGUCUAUAGUGUCUGCUUUCUGAACAAGGGUAUGUGGCUACCAUUUGCCAGACAGGAAAGUUUUUGAGAGAGAACAUUGACCAGGUAUUGAUUCCAUGAAAUGAGCUGUUAGCCAUGAAAGGUUAUCUUCCAGAUUAGCAAAGUCCCUUGGUUGUUGACUGUGUUAGAUUUUUGUGAUGAGACAUAAUAACCAAAGCAACUAUUAUAAAAGAAAGCAUUUAACUGGGAGCUUGCUUACAAUUUCAAAGGUUUAGUCCAUUAUCAUAAUGGAGGGGAGAAUAGCAUUAUGCAGUCAGGUGUCUGCAUUAGCUGAGAGCUGUUCUGAAGGCACAGACAUGGGCUUUUGAAACUUCAGAUUUCAUCCCCACCUCAUGACACACUUCUCCAAUAAGGCCAUGCCUCCUAAUCCGUUCAAAUAGUUCCAUUCUGUGGUGACCAAGAGUUCAAGUAUAUGAGCCUGUGGAGGCCAUUCUUAUUCACACCACCAUAUUGACUUUAUUUAGUUGGGACCAGGAUAAGUAGAUGUUCCAGGCCAUGCUGGAUCACCAGUGAAAUGGAGAAGCAGCUAUGAGAUUGAUGCUGUUUCAUUCCCCUUUCCUCAUAUUUGUUGAUGCACAGUUGAGGUUGGUGGGUGAGCUCCCUCUAAAGAAGGAAAGGAUGGACAUCCUAGACACUUGAGUUCAGGUAGCCAGAACCAGGCCACCUCAACAAAGUCUUUUAAUGCAGACAGAGUUCAGGGAAAACUGAACAAGCAGAACCACACUGGGUCAGUUCCUUUCUUACUGCAGUGGAAUGAAUUGUGACUUCUAAAAAGAAAGAUUGAGAUCUUAUCUUUAGAACCCUGAAUCAGACUUGGGUUGAAAGUAGAGUCAUUGCAGGUGUGAUGUAACUGAAGGUACGAAGUCACAUGGAAAUAGUGUGAGUACUUACAUGGAGACGCCAAUAGCCCUUAAAACCAAGAAGAGGCCUGGAAGGACUCCUCUCCUGACUCCUGGACUUUAUUUCUUCCCAUAAGGCAUGAAGCAGACUUCUUGAGUCAUGCACGAAGUGUUCUUUGCUAGUUUACCCUUUAUAUCUGCUUUGAGAUGACUAUAAACUUAACAGUUGAGAUUCCUCGUGUAAACAGCUAAUGUCUUGGGAUUCUGCUUUGAAAUGCAAUUUUAAGUGAUCUAAAAUAAAAAGUGUGUUGCAGGA